AGGCGAUUUCCGCGGAUUGCUUUUCUGGCGUUUGGAGAAGAUGCCUAAAUUGAGGGCGGAGUCGAAAGAUGUUUAAUCCCACAAGGCCAUGCGGCGGGGCCUCGUCCUUCUCUUCCCGCCAUCUUGGCUCCUGUGGAGGCCUGCUGGGGACAGGACUUCUAAAAGGAACUAUGUCUGGAAGGCUGUGGUCCAAGGCCAUUUUUGCUGGCUAUAAGCGGGGUCUCCGGAACCAAAGGGAGCACACAGCUCUUCUUAAGAUUGAAGGUGUUUACGCCCGAGAUGAAACAGAAUUCUAUUUGGGCAAGAGAUGUGCUUAUGUAUACAAAGCAAAGAACAACACAGUGACUCCUGGCGGCAAACCGAACAAAACCAGAGUCAUCUGGGGAAAGGUAACUCGGGCCCAUGGAAACAGUGGCAUGGUUCGUGCCAAAUUCCGAAGCAAUCUUCCUGCAAAGGCCAUUGGACACAGAAUCCGAGUGAUGCUGUACCCCUCAAGGAUUUAAACUAACGAAAAAUCAAUAAAUAAACGUGGAUUUGUGCUCUUGUAUUUUUGUUAAGUGGAUUAAAAAACUUAAUACCUUAAAA